AUGGCUGCCGCUCAGAGUGCAACACAGUCGUAUGGAGACGCGGAGAUGUUGAAGCAGCCCAUUCCCCGGAGCAGCGGUGUGCAGGAGGAAGACAACCAAGACUCGAUCGGUUCGAACAGCCCGACACCGACCGGAAUUGCGACUCCACAGCCCGACCUAGCAGACAAGCGUCUGCCUUCCCUCAGUUCCAGUUACUUCCAGGUUGGUUCUCCUCCAAAUCAAAACACUCGUCGCCCCAAUACCCGGUGUUCUUCUUCUGAGAGUCGUGCUUCCGCGUAUUCUUUCCAGUCGGAUACGUCCGCUGAAGGAGAUCGGGAUUCUCAAUCCUGUGGUCACAAUUCCUCACCCUCGGACUCCUUUGUCUGGAUGGAGCGCCCGGAGGUUAUGGACACCAAGUUAUCUGUCGCUUCGCCGGAUCAGAAUCUUGAGACGAAUAUGAUAGUACCAGAGACAUUGCCCCCCACGAAUCUACCUACACCCCCGUACCACUCCGCUUGUUCCCUUCUGCAGAAAGAGUCGGAUGGGUCUGAGUCUGGCUCUUUUCACUCGGACAGAGGCAUGGUCUCUAUUUUCAAUGCGUUGAAGAACUAUCUCUCGCCUGCCGGGAGCAUGUCUUCUUCUGAUUCUCCAGCCCGCCGUCAUACCUCUCUGCCAGUCUCCAGCGUCUCUGACGACCCAGUCCUUGCCACACAUUUCUCCAACCCUUCCCUUCCUCCCUACAUGUCAGAUGUACCCUGUUUGUCGGAAACCCCCCUACUCGAACAUGAAAAACCACAUGUCUCUAUGUCUUCUGAGAAUCUGGCGAAGCUAACUGGAACCGUGUCGGAUCUUGUGCACCUAAAGAAUACACCACCACUCACUCCGCGGGCCAUGUCCAAUGAAGGUUCGCAAACCGACAAGAAGCCCGUCACAUCGCCCCCUUCACCAUCAGAUCCCGUACCCGUCCAGUCCGGUGAAGAAACAAACCCAACCGACGAGCUUGCUGGGAAGCUCGACGAGGCCUUUCCUCCCGAGAGAGACACCCCGUCGCCAUCCGAUGCCCCGCCCGUGGCCCCUCUCAAGGGCAAAUUGAUCGUCAAGAUCUCUGAAGCCAGAGGACUACGGCCCGGAUUCGAUCCCUACGUUGUGUGCGUGUUUGAAUGGAAUGAGGCCAUCUCCAAGACUGCCCAGGAAGAAGAAGACGCUUCGCUGGAACGGCAGCAAAAGGAGCAGGAGAGCCUGGAACCCGAGGCCGGACGGCCGAUGGCGAUCCCAAUGAAAAGUCGGCAAAGUAGCAACAACAGCGCGCUGGACGGCCCCGAUCACAGAGGUGGACGAGCGCCCGUGACCGACCCUCACUGGAACCACGAAGCAACUUUCGAUGUUUUUGGCGACGAGUCCGAAAUUGAUGUAUCGGUGUAUGAUCGCAACAACCAUGAAGACUUCCUUGGUCACGUGCGACUAUGCAUCAACCUGAUGGAAGACAACAGCCGCCUUGAAGGGUGGUUUCCUUUAGCUUCCCGUGGAGCAGGUGACUCUCAGAUCUCUGGAGAGAUCCAUCUGGAGAUGCAUUUUGAGAAGACCGAAAGGAAGCAGGUGGGGCCAAACGAUUUUCAGAUCCUGAAGCUCAUCGGUAAGGGAACUUUUGGCCAGGUUUACCAGGUUAAGAAGAAGGACACCGGCCGCAUCUACGCUAUGAAGGUUUUGUCGAAGAAGGUCAUUAUUCAAAAGAAGGAGGUUGCACACACUCUGGGUGAGCGCAAUAUUCUGGUUCGGACAGCUAUGGCCGCUUCUCCCUUCAUUGUUGGACUGAAGUUCUCCUUCCAAACACCUACCGAUCUUUACCUGGUCACGGACUAUAUGUCUGGUGGCGAGCUUUUCUGGCACCUUCAGAAGGAAGGACGCUUCCAGGAGGCGCGUGCUAAGUUUUACAUUGCCGAGUUGAUUUUGGCGCUCCAGCAUUUACAUGACCAUGAUAUCGUGUAUCGCGAUCUCAAGCCGGAGAACAUCCUCCUUGACGCUAAUGGUCACAUUGCCCUUUGUGACUUCGGUCUUUCCAAGGCCAAUUUGACCCAAAACGACACCACGAACACUUUCUGCGGAACGACCGAAUAUCUCGCCCCAGAGGUACUGCUUGACGAGCAAGGCUAUACCAAGAUGGUCGAUUUCUGGUCUCUGGGUGUCCUUGUUUUUGAGAUGUGCUGCGGUUGGAGUCCUUUCUAUGCUGAAGAUACCCAGCAGAUGUACAAGAACAUCGCCUUCGGCAAGGUCCGAUUCCCCCGUGAUGCCUUGAGCACAGAGGGAAGAAACUUCGUGAAGGGUUUGCUUAACCGGAACCCUAAGCACCGCCUUGGCGCUAAGGGUGACGCUAAGGAGCUCAUGGCGCAUCCUUUCUUUGACGAUGUUGAUUGGGCGGCAUUGGGUCGCAAGGAAGUGAUCCCUCCUUUCAAGCCUGUUCUGAAGUCCGAUACGGACACCUCCAACUUCGAUCCUGAGUUCACGACUGCCCUGGAGAACAACAAUUCUUUGAAUGACCGCGCAGCUGCUCUUGCCAAUGGGCUCAUGCCAGCGGGAACGCCACUAUCUCCAGGCUUGCAGGCGAAUUUCAAGGGAUUUACCUUUGUAAAUGAGAGCUCGAUCGACCACCACUUCAAGAACGAUUCGGGCGACCAUAUGGUUGAGGAUACGGAGACAUGGCCACGAGCCCAACAAAUAUCUACCAACCACAUGGAUCACCGCAUGAGUGGCGUCCAGAGGACUGGUGAAGGCGGUGAGCCUGGAAUCUUCAACGUUGAUGACAAUUUCGACAUGUGAUAAUGGCCUGAUGCAUUGAACUGGAGUUGUGACUAUAAUUCUUUUUUUCUUGCUUUGUACAUGCUUCUGUGUGUGUGUGUGUGAGUGUGGAUAGGAAUGGUGUCAAAACCAAGACUCCUCUUGACCAGUCUGCUUUGCACGGUUUUUCUGUUUUAUAGCCUUUC